CGACGCUAGUUUUCUACGUCAUUCCAAAUCUUCGUUCAGUCUUGUUUUGGAGAUAGUACUAGAAGCUAACAAGGUAACUGUAUACAAAAUGGACAAAACAAUUGAAAUUGAUAACCUGGAGAUGCGUCUACAAGCGAUGGAAAAUCGCAUAUACGGUGAAAGAAGAACUAGGGGAGGGAAACCCGUCAAGUGCGCUGAAUCCCUCACCAGAAUUCAAGCUGCCUUAGGUAACACUGCUAACAAGAGAGAACGGGUUAAAAUCCUGCACAAGAAAAUUGAGGACCUGCUGAAAUAUCUUGACCCCCAGUUUACUGACCAUAUCACAGUUCCUGAUGCGAUGAAACUCGAAUUUAUACUGGCUGAGGAAGACUUCCUGGUUUCCCAGGCUGCCCUUCUGGAGCAGGUCAGCAAUCUCCAGCCUCUACUGGACAGCAACUACAUCAGAGAUGUACCAGAGCAUGCCACCAAGUUGCAGCGUCUGUCUCAGAUUCACAUCAAAGAGCAGGAUCAAACUGAAGCCCAGUCCUUGGAGGUCAAGAAACUGUUUGAGGAGUACAAUAAAAUGAUGUUCCUGUUGUCCAAGCAGUUCACCCAAUGGGACGAGAGCCUGAGGAAAGUUGAGGAGGCUAAAGGCAUCCGGCAAGUGGAGUAACCACCAUGAUGGUUAAGAAGAUGGUCAUGACGCUGUCAUUUAGGUGUCCUACAUCUAGCUUGUUUGGUAAAAGAUGAUACCUAGCCUCAGAUCUGAGAUCAGAAUACUCUGCACCUUAUCCUAAGAUUCACCUUUUGAGGUAUGAGUAGCUAAAUUGAUUUGACAUCUGUGGUGAGGGUCAUCAUGCUCUUGUUCAUUGUGGUUUAUUUUACCCUAUGAGACAUAAUAUUUAUUUCCAGUUAAAUGCACUUGGAUAGUUUUUCUUUGCUUUGUGACUCAGACAUUCCAACCCUGAUAUUCUUCUGCAAGCAGUCACAAGACCUCCCUCUCCCCCCUCAGUCUGUUUGGAUGUUCAGUCUGAAUGUCAUGAGGAUUAGACUAAUAACCAAUCACACUAGCCUUACUCCUUCCCUCAAAGUUCUGGUUUAAAAUGGUUUUAUAAAUGCAUGUCUGCAAAAUGUAAAAUCACUGCAAUAAAGAAAUGACUUAAUUGAACUGUU